UUUAUGAGUUUUCUAUUUUGAAAUGAAUUCUUCUACAAUAACCGCUUUAUUAGUUGUUACUAAGAAUUAUUUCCCUGAGUUUUAAAUGUGAUCAUGUGAUAACUGGUAUAUAAUUAAAACUAUUUUAGCGAACACUGAACACUGGUCAUUAAAAUUCCCUUUUCAAGUCUUAGUAAAACUGCACUUAUUAUACAUUUUAAAUCAUGGAAGUCGUCGAUGGAGUGAAUAAUUUAUUGUGCAUGGCAUGUCUGUGCGUUGGAAGAACAAUACGAAGAAUAACCGAUGAAACUUUAAAACAAUACUACAUGGCCAUACUGAAUGAAAUACCUUUGUGUAUCACACCACAAGUAGUGCCUGUUGUCUGCUGGGAGUGUGAUGCUGUAUUGAAGAAGAUUUUGGCAUUCAAGGAACAAGUGAAAGACUCUUAUAGAAUAUUGCAGACAUAUACCAAAGAGAAUCUAUGUGAAUACCUUUUGAGUGAGGUAGGACGACCGCCUCGGUUAAAAGUUCACAACAAUGAGUGUCUUGUUAUAACACCCGAUGAAGACUUCCUAUUAGAUACAAAACUAAUUGAAGAUUCAAAACAAGAGAUUGCUGAAAUUGAAACUGUGAUAUGUGAUGGCAAAUUGGACUUUGAAAAGUGUCCAAUAAAUCAAGUAAGAAGAAAAAUAAAGUUGAAACACGCAGAAACUGCCACUGAUUGCUUGGAAGUUAAGACAGAAAAACAAGAAGAUUUUCAGACAAGUGAGGAGCCAAAAUUAGAAGAAUUUGCUACAGUUAUGUGUGAUGUUAAAAGACAGGGAAAUCAGAGAACAGACCAGAAAGUAGAGGUCAAUGGCCAUUUUGAUACAGAAUACAAGGUUGACAAAAGUUCUGCUGAUACAGAAGAGUCAGAUGGAGCAUCUUAUAAUAAUGACAUCCUGAAUGAAGAGAAUGGGCUUGCCUCAGACUGCGAUCGUGAGAAACCCCCCGCCAAAGUCAAAGUAAAAAAGAAGAAAGUUACAAGAACAAAGACAAAAGUCGUCAAAAAAUAUAAGAAUACUGAAAAGGAUCCAGCCGCAGACAACUACAGGACGGUAACGCUAUCCUACGAAGAACUACAAGCUGAGCGUACAGUGCGUGCGCGUCGCACCGAGUACGUGUGCGCGCCGCACGCGUGUCGCAGCUGUCUGCGCGUGUUCCCUACCGCAGCUGCGCGCGCGCAACACGACACUACUAGACAUGCGCCGGAGCUGGGCGAGUACAUUUGCCCGAUCUGCUACACCGUUCUGGCUACGGUGGAUGCCUUCACCGCGCACUACAAGAAACAUAUUAGGAGAUAUGAAUGCGGUACAUGUAAGAAGCGUACGGCGGAUGUCAAGGCGAUGGGGCGUCAUAUCAGCACUCAUGCACGCACUCAUAAAAUCAAGAAGGUGGAACCUGUGCGUGCGGCGCGCGGUGCGGGCGGGCGCGUGGCGUGCGGCGCCUGCGACAAGACCUUCAGCCAUCGCGCCGGUCUCAUGAACCAUCGACUCGCAGUGCACGAGGCGCAAAACGUGUUCCCAUGCGGCGCCUGCGACAAAGUGUUCCGGUGGAAGACCAGCCUCAAGAGACAUCUCGAGAAACAUAAUGACAAGAGUGAGGGCGGCACCGCGUCGGGGGGUGGGGCGAGCGCGGGGGGCGGGGCAGGCGCGGCGUACUGCGACGCGUGCGAGCUGACGUUCGCGUCCGUGUGCUCGCUGCAGCGACACCUGCGGAACAGCCUCAAACACGUCACUCAGGACCAGCUCAGGUUCAUCUGCGAGCACUGCAGCAAGCGUUUCGCGGACAAGACGAAGCUGCGGAACCACAUCGAGGAGAAGCAUCUGCACUGGACGUACACCUGCAACCUCUGCGGAAAGCCUUCAAAGAACCGCGUGGGUCUGGAGCAACACGUCCGCAACGUGCACAAGGGCCGCCCCAACAACAAGAUCUGCCACCACUGCGGGAAGGGAUUCCCCACGAAGAUGCAGCUGGAGUCGCACAUCCGCACGCACACCGGCGAGCGGCCCUUCAUCUGCGAGUUUUGCCCCACCACCUUCUCCCAGCAGUCCAACCUCUACAAGCACCACCGCCAGGUCCAUCUGAACAUAAAGUCAAAGAGAUAUCCUCUGGGUAAGAAGAGAAGAGGCGAGAGCGAGCCGCAGGAGCCGCUAGUGUACUACGACAGCAUGCUUGGCGCGUGAUAGCGUUGGAGUUACGGUGACUUUCCGAUCUUCGCCGCGAGCGACCGCGACCGACAAAAAUUCAAAUAAAAUUCCACUCUAUGGUACAGGGUUUCAUUUUACUCCCCGCCACUACAAAGCAGCGGCGGCAUGGGUCGCUAGAUCAAUGUCGGUAGAAAUUUAACCUAUAGCCUAGUUCGUAGUGGCAUUUUAUUUGAAUUUUGUCGGAUGCGGUCGCUUCCUGCGUUGAUUUUUUUUUUGUGCUGAAGAAAAAAAAUAGGCAAAUUAUGACCACGUUCAAAGCUUUAAUAUUUGUUUUGUCUGCCAACAGUAUUAAUAAAUGUGUGAAAGUUUAUUUAGAAUAUUCGUAAGUGUGUUUUGUGACUGAUAUUUUAAUAAAAUUGUAAUUUGUAACAUAUUGU